UCACAUCACAUUCUUUUCCAACAUUUCUAUUUAUUUUGUAUAUAUGAAAGCCAAUCCAGUCCAUGUUCCUUCAAGUGCUAUUGAAACCAAGUCAUCCAAUAUUCAUGUGAGUUUAUCAGAUCCUGGACCUUUAGAACAGGAGAGUAAUAGAGCAGGUCUUCGGGUGAUUAGUGUAUCCAGAACAGGCAAAGUAGAAACUGAAAGUGUGGGAACGGAAGGAAUAAGAGGAGGUCCCAUUACGAGAAGAUGUACUUCAGUGGUAUGGGAACGACCUCCCAAGACAGUAUUGGUAGUUCGUUCCAGAGGUUCUCGACAAGCUGAAUUAGCACUUCAACAAUUGGUAUGGUGGUUAGUAAAGGCUGAACAAUUGCAAGUAAUUGUGGAGAACGAAGUUGCUAAAAAGUGUCCCCAGUUACCAGCAAAACCUGUGGGUGAAGACUUGAGCCUUUUAGAAAAGGAAGUGGACUUUGUUAUUUGUUUGGGUGGCGAUGGACUUAUUUUACACGUUUGUUCCGCACUGUUUCCAAGAGCAGUUCCUCCAGUUAUGUCCUUCAAUUUGGGCUCAUUGGGUUUUCUCACACCUUUUGAUUUUGAACUGUUCAAGCAAGAAGUACAUCACAUACUUCGUGGAGACAGAAAUCAAGUAACUUUACGAAUGCGUCUCCAAUGUGCCGUUCAUAGAGUCACUCCUCAGUCCAAUCAUUCCGAAGAGACUGAGGACUCUCAAGAAUACUUUCAAUCUUCAGAUGAAGAAGACGUUGAAGACGGAAAUAUUGAAGAAGGUUGUGGAAUUUGUCAAGCAAAUGCUUCUUCCAAAUAUAAAAAAGUUGCUCAACUCCAUGUAUUAAAUGACGUAGUAAUCGACCGCGGUCCUGCACCGUUUCUUUCCAAUCUAUUAUGUUAUUGUGAUGAACAUCCGGUUACUCGAAUUCAAGCGGACGGAAUUAUCAUUGCAACUCCAACUGGUUCAACUGCUUAUUCUUUAUCUUCUGGAGGCUCUAUGGUUCAUCCUGCAGUACCUGGUAUAUUAUUUACUCCUAUUUGUCCUCAUUCUUUAUCUUUCAGGCCAGUCAUAUUUCCAGACUAUGUUACUUUGAGAAUAAAAGUUCCACACAGAGCAAGAGGAGAUGCUUGGAUAAGUUUUGAUGGCCGAAAAAGAAUGGAAUUGUUCAAAGGUGAUUCGGUUUGUGUAAGAGUGAGCAAAUGGCCAGUGACUACUUUUUGUAAAGUGAAUCAAACCAGAGAUUGGUUUUCAGCUGUUACUCGUUGUCUUCAUUGGAACGACAGGCAAGAACAAAAACCAUUUGAUUGUAGUUUGGAUCGCAAAGCAUCUCCCCGAAGAAAAGGCUUAACAGGAAAUGUGCCUCCGAUAGAAAACAAUUGGGAGAAUAUCGCACAACUUUCAUUGAACAGUGAAGAGGAAAUUACAAAACAUGUCGAAGAUUGUGAUGAAGACCAGUGCAAAAAUGCAUUUCGUACUCCUACUUGAUAGUUGUAUAUCAAAAAGGUU